CGAUAAGUAAGCCGGCCACAGCGGGUGGUCGAUCUGAUCGCGUGCAGUAGCUCCAUCAAAAAGAGACAACCCGACUACCGUACCUUUCUCCGGCCGGCACAAGUUCUAACGGCAUCCAAAUACUGGAAACCAUACGCAUCUAAACCUGCAGCUGCAUCCGGAGCCGUAGGCUCAACGCAGGUAAGAUGGCGGCGCCAAAAAUGACCAAGAACCAGAUGCGCCGGGCCAAGAAGAAGGAGCAAAAGAAGGCGCAGGCUGAGAAAAACGGCUCCAAGGAACCCGGGGCCAACGCCGAGGCGGUAAAAGAAGAACCGACGCAGGUCGACGGCGACGACAAGCCCACUGAUGUAGAGGUCAAGAAGGAGGACUUGGAGGUCAAGAAGGAUGCCGACGCGUCUGAUAAUAUCGAUGCCGACGGCCCCGCCGACGAUCCCGUUAUCCCAAAGGACGACCCUGCAUUUGCAGAGUACAGGAGCAUAUUCGAAAAGUUCGGCAUGAGCCUGCAGGAUGAUGAGGCCGGUCGGGAAGCGAAUGCAGGCAACAAGGGCGAAGUGUUCUUCGAUCAGGACGACGAGAUUCCCAGCGAAGACGAAGAUGCACAGCCGAAGCUGUCCAAGAAGAAGCGCAAAAAGUUGAACAAACUGUCCAUCGCCGAGCUGAAGGCUCUGGUGCGGAAUCCCGAAGUUGUCGAAUGGCACGAUGUCUCGUCAUCAGAUCCUCGUCUACUGGUUCAGAUCAAGGCGCAGCGCAACAUUGUCCCCGUCCCGGGACACUGGUCGUUGAAGCGAGAGUACCUUUCCAGCAAGAGGGGUAUCGAGAAGCCCCCUUUCAAGCUGCCCAAAUUCAUUGCCGAUACUGGCAUCACCGAGAUGCGCGACGCCGUCCUCGAGAAGCAGGCCGAGCAGACACUCAAACAGAAGCAGCGCGAGCGGGUGCAACCGAAGAUGGGCAAGUUGGACAUUGACUACCAGAAGCUCUACGACGCCUUCUUCCGGCACCAGACGAAACCGGAUCUCACACGCUUCGGUGAUGUAUACUACGAGGGCAAGGAGUGGGAGGCGGAUUACAAGGUGUUCAGGCCCGGCGAGAUCAGCGACCCACUACGAGAAGCCCUAGGCAUGCAGCCCGGAUUCCCGCCUCCCUGGCUACUCCAACAGCAGCGUGUUGGGCCUCCGCCAUCCUAUCCGACCCUCAAGAUUCCAGGCCUCAAUGCCCCGCUACCUCCAGGAGCAGCAUGGGGCUUUCAGCCCGGCCAGUGGGGCAAACCACCGUUGGACGAAUACAACAGACCCCUCUACGGCGGCGACAUUUUUGGUAUCAUGGCUCCUGGCCAACCCGGGGCAGCCGCACCCUACCAGCAGCCGCAACAGCCCCAAGCUGCCGGCGCUCCGCUCGGCGAACCCGUCGAGCGCAUCCUUUGGGGCGAGCUCCAACCGCCCGCCGAGGAGGAGGAGGAGGAAGAAGAGGAAGAGGAAGAAGAAGAGGAAGGGUCAGACGCGGGCGACAUUCCACCGGGCGGCACCGACACAGUCAGCGGCCUCGAAACCCCGGGCGGGUACGCCAGCACAGUGCCCCCAGACAUGCACGCCCCAGCAGGCAUCGAGACCAGCAUGGCAGGCGAAUUCGAUCUGCGCAAGACGCGCCGUGGCUUCGAGACAGAAGAAUCCUCGUACGGCGGCGGCGCGCCGAGGCAAGCAUACACCGUCGUCCCCGAGCGGCAAGGCCGCGCCGAAGGUUUCUUCGGCAGCGACAAGACGUACGACCUGUCCAAGGCGCAACAGGCACCGGCACCGCACGCCGCCCAUGGCGUGCCGGUACUGGGCCAGGAAGACGACUCGUCGCGGAAGCGCAAGAAGCCGGGCGACGUGGACGUGGCGCUCGAUCCGGACGCGCUGAUGGCCUCGGGCGGCAUCAGCAAGGAGGAUGUGCGGCGCAAGUACGAGGCCACGCGACGCGAGGAGGGCGUCGGCGCGCAGUGGAACCGGGCCGCGUACGAGGAGGACCUGAGCGAUAUGGUUGCACAGGAGAACAGGAAGAGACAGAAGAGAGAGGAGGAGAGGAGAGGGGAGCGGGAAAGGGGGAGGAGGUAA